AUGCAUGCACGUUUUGUGCCCCCGCAUUAUCGGAUGGAUCUUCUUCAGAAAAUUCAGUUUUUAGUCCAAGGUAGCAAGACGGUUGAGCAGUACUACAAGGAAAUGGAGAUGCUUAUGAUGCGGGCUCAGCUUGUGGAAGAUGAUGGAGUCACCAUGUAUCGGUUUCUCAAAGGGCUGAGGUGUGAUAUUAUGAUUCAAGUGGAUAUGUAUCCUUACAAUUCUACUUUGGAACUUGUCCAACUUGCUACCAAGAUUGAAUCGCAUGGAAAGGUAGGAGUAAGUGUGAGCUUUGGAAAGACGUCACCAAAUUUCAACAAGUUUGGGGGUAAUACGGGACCAACAAAAUCUUGGCCCAAAGGAGAUGAUAAGCACACGACCAAGAAUGAGCCGCUUAAGGUGGUUAAGCGUGAUGAACCAAGGAAAGUCAGCAAGGAUGGUUCACCAAACAAAGCAAAGGAAGUCACAUGCUUUAAGUGUCAAAGGAAAGGUCAUUAUGCCAAUACAUGCCCUAAUGUGCGAACUGUUGUGCUUUGUGACAAUGGGGACUAUGUACUUUGGUCGGAUGAUGAGGGUGAAGAUUGGGAACAUGAAGUUGAGGCGAGUGAGGAUGAAGCAAUCCAAGAGACGGAAGAGCACGUUGAAGAGGAUUCAUCCGGGGAGUCUCUAGUGGUUUUGCGAAUGCUUGGAGCAGUUCCCAAGGAGUCGGAAAAUUUUGUUGAUCGGGUUAAGGAGCAACAGGAGAAUAUUUUCCAUUGUCGGUGCAAGAUUGGUGGGAAGCGAGCGUCGAUAAUCAUUGAUAACGGAAGUUGCACCAAUGUCGUAAGUUGGUAUGUGGUAGACAAGCUUGGACUCCAAACUAUCAAGCAUCCAACUCUAUACCAUCUUCAAUGGAUGAACUCUAGUGGAGAUAUGAAGAUCACUAGGCAAGCCAAAGUUCCAAUUUCAAUCGGCCCCUACAAAGAGGAUGUCCUUUGUGAUGUUACUCCGAUGACCGCAUGCCAUGUGCUUCUUGGCCGACAAUGGCAAUCCGAUAAAGGAAUUAUCUAUGAUGGCAAGACUAACAAAGUUAGAUUUUAUGACAAGGGCUACAAGGUAAUGAUUCAUUCUUUGCCAUUGAAGGAGGUUCGAAAAGAUCAAGAAAGUUUGCGAAAGAAGAUGCAAGAGGCUGAAAGCCUUAAAAGAGCUAAAGGAAAAGAAGUAUCCACAGAGGAAAAGAGAGAGUCUACUGCUAAGGGUUCCAACAUCCUUCUUUCACUUACCGAUUUUCAGAGAGAAGUUGGUGACCUAGAUCAUCAAAAGGGGGGUUGUUUUAUGUUGUUAUGCAAAGAUUUAUUUCAUUCUGAUAAAGAUAAUCUACUCACUAAUUUUCCCAUUCCCUUUGCUAGGAUGCUUGAAGAGAUGAAGGAUGUAUACCCGGAGGAACUACCGCAAGGACUACCGCCCAUUCGUGGGAUAGAGCAUCAAAUUGACUUCGUACCCGGUGCUUCGAUCCCAAAUCGUCCUGCAUAUCGGUGCAACCCAGAUGAGAAUAAGGAGAUUCAAAAACAAGUCCAAGAACUUCUUGAGAAGGGAUGGGUUCGGGAGAGCUUAUCACCAUGUGCUGUUCCUGUUAUCAUUGUCCCCAAGAAGGAUGGAACUUGGAGGAUGUGUGUGGAUUAUUGA